CCGCCGGGGGACGGCCCGGGCCCGGCCCGGGAUCUAGACGGCCGUGGGGGAGGGGAGCCGCCCUGCCGCGGCGCCGCUCCGGAACCGCCGGGCCCUCGACGCCGCUUCUCCGGCCCCCGGGGCCGCGCUGUUUUGUUUCACCCUCGCGUUGUGCAGAAGUGAAGUGAAGUAAAAUGUCCACUAGGACCCCGCUGCCGACGGUGAAUGAACGGGACACUGAGAACCACACGUCACAUGGAGACGGGCGGCAAGAAGUUACCUCUCGCACUGGGCGCUCUGGAGCACGGUGUAGAAACUCUGUAGCUUCCUGUGCAGAUGAACAACCUCACAUCGGAAACUACAGACUGUUGAAAACAAUCGGCAAGGGGAAUUUUGCAAAAGUUAAAUUGGCAAGACACAUCCUUACAGGCAGAGAGGUCGCAAUAAAAAUAAUUGACAAAACUCAGUUGAAUCCAACAAGUCUACAAAAGCUCUUCAGAGAAGUAAGAAUAAUGAAGAUUUUAAAUCAUCCAAACAUAGUGAAGUUAUUCGAAGUCAUUGAAACUGACAAAACCCUCUACCUAAUCAUGGAGUAUGCCAGUGGAGGUGAAGUGUUUGACUAUUUGGUUGCACAUGGAAGAAUGAAGGAAAAAGAAGCAAGAGCUAAAUUUAGACAGAUAGUGUCUGCAGUCCAGUACUGCCACCAGAAGCGGAUCGUUCACAGAGACCUCAAGGCUGAAAAUCUAUUGUUAGAUGCUGAUAUGAACAUUAAAAUAGCUGACUUUGGUUUUAGCAAUGAAUUUACUGUUGGCAGUAAACUGGAUACGUUUUGUGGCAGUCCUCCGUAUGCAGCCCCAGAGCUCUUCCAGGGCAAGAAAUACGACGGGCCGGAAGUGGACGUGUGGAGCCUCGGUGUCAUUCUUUACACUCUAGUCAGCGGGUCACUCCCCUUUGAUGGACAGAACCUAAAGGAACUGAGAGAGAGAGUAUUAAGAGGGAAAUACAGAAUCCCUUUCUACAUGUCCACAGACUGUGAAAACCUUCUCAAACGUUUCCUGGUGCUAAAUCCAAUAAAACGAGGCACUCUAGAGCAAAUCAUGAAGGACAGGUGGAUCAAUGCAGGGCAUGAGGAAGAUGAGCUAAAACCAUUUGUUGAACCAGAACUGGACAUCUCAGACCAGAAAAGAAUAGAUAUUAUGGUGGGAAUGGGAUAUUCACAAGAUGAAAUCCAAGAAUCUCUUAGUAAGAUGAAAUAUGAUGAAAUCACAGCUACGUACUUGUUGUUGGGGAGAAAAUCUUCAGAGCUGGAUGCUAGUGAUUCCAGUUCUAGCAGCAAUCUCUCACUUGCUAAGGUUAGGCCAAGCAGUGACCUCAGCAACAGUACUGGCCAGUCUCCUCACCACAAAGUGCAGAGAAGUGUUUCUUCAAGCCAGAAGCAGAGGCGGUACAGUGACCAUGCUGGACCAGCUAUUCCUUCAGUUGUGGCGUAUCCGAAAAGGAGUCAGACCAGCACUGCAGACGGCGACCUCAGAGAAGAUGGAGUGCCCUCGCGGAAACCAGGCAGCAGUGCUGCUGGAGGAAAAGGAGUUGCUCCAGCCAGUCCCAUGCUUGGGAGCGCGAGUAAUCCCAACAAGGCGGAUAUUCCUGAACGCAAGAAGAGCUCCACCGUCCCCGGUAGUAAUACAGCAUCUGGUGGAAUGACGCGGCGGAAUACUUAUGUUUGCAGUGAAAGAACUACAGCUGAUAGACAUUCAGUAAUUCAGAAUGGCAAAGAAAACAGCCUGAUGGAAAUGUUCGCUUACGCAGCUAGCCCUGCCUCUGUUUGUAAGACAUCUUCCACCUGUCGGCUGCGACAUCACAAGUCGAUGUCCAUGUCAGGCUCUGGGCGCCCCAAGAUGAUGUUACCUCCAAUAGACAGUGAAGGAGAUAACUUCAAGGCUAUCACUGUUCCUGACCAGAGAGCUCCAGUGGCUUCAACACACAGCAUUAGCAGCGCCACCACCCCGGAUCGAACCCGCUUCCCAAGAGGCACUGCCAGUCGUAGCACUUUCCACGGCCAGCCCCGGGAGCGGCGCACUGCCACGUAUAACGGCCCACCUGCUUCACCCAGCCUGUCCCAUGAAGCCACACCAUUGUCGCAGACUCGAAGCCGAGGCUCCACUAAUCUUUUUAGUAAAUUAACUUCCAAACUCACAAGGAGAAACAUGUCAUUCAGGUUUAUCAAAAGGCUUCCAACUGAAUAUGAGAGGAACGGGAGAUAUGAGGGCUCAAGGUGGAAUUGCUUAGUGCCACAGCAAGCAGUAUGUGGUCAGGAAGCAUUGCUGCUGCCGCCGGCACCUGGCAGCCACAUGAGGGCGCUGGAGUGCUGCAGCCACCUGCUGGUGGAAGCCUCGGGUCCCAGCCCCACCUGGGUUCUCACUGGUGUUUGGGUGUUAAAAUACGCAUUCCUAGGCAUAGGAACGUGGAAUUGCCAUUUGAAAACUGUGACCAGGUAGCCUGGACCUCAGCGGCAGAUCAGCCAGUGGCCUAAAGCCAUUUCAAGUAUAGAUGCUGUUUUGGGACUACAGUUAUAUAAAUUUGAACAUUCAGUGUAAUUUUUCCUCUUUUUCUUUUUAAUAUUUGUAAACUCAAAGCUGAGCAGAAGUGACUUUACUUUCUAAAGUUUGAUAUUGAGUUGACUGUGUUCCUUCCUUUACCACCUCAUUGUUCCCCUUCCCUUUCCUAAGGCAAUAGUGCACAACUUAGGUUAUUUCUGUUUCAAAAAUUUGAACGAAAAACUUCAUGCCAUGGAUUAGUUUUCUUUUGCGAGGCACCUGUAUAUCCCCUUGGUCAAAUGUAAAUGAAUGUUCCCUUAUGCUUUUGAAAUAAAUUUCCUUUUGUAAUAAAAAAAAACAAAAAACAAAAAAAACCGCAUUCCUCCAGCCUGAGCUCUCCUGACCUGAGGUGAGGUCUGGGAGUCUGGAGCAUUGUCGACCUGGUGAGAACUCCUGGCAUAGUUCUAGUCUCAAGGAAUGAAAGCAGAAUAUUUAGGAGAUUUUUUUUUUUCUUUUCUGGCCACACCACGUGGCUUGUGGGAUCUUAGUUCCCAGGCCAGGGAUUGUACCCCGGCCCUGGCAGGGAGCGCACCGAGUCCUAACCACUGGACCUCUGGGAAAUGCCCUAGGAGGAUUUUCAUAUUUCAAAUUAGAUGUCUUU